AUGUCUGAGAAAAAUUGGAAGAGGAAUCCUAGAGUAGAGCGAAGAGGAACAGGGACCAAAGAAGCCAUUGAAGACGACGAAGGCGUUGAAGAACUUGAGGGUGUGAAUGUAGGUCUUAAGGGUGUGAACAAAGAUGAUGCUGAGGGUGUGAAUAUAGGUGUUGAGGGUGUGAACAAAGAUGGUGUUAAGGGUGUGAAUAUAGGUGUUAAGGGUGUGAAUAUAGGUCCUGAGAGUGUGAACAAUGAUGGUGUUGAGGGUGUGAACAAUGAUGUUGCUAAGGGUGUGAAUAUAGGUCCUGCAGGUGUGAACAAUGAUGGUGUUGAAGAUAUGAACAAUGAUGGUGUUAAGGGUUUGAACAAUGAUGAUGAGGUGUAUGAUGGUAUAGAUUCUAAUGCUGGAUUGGUGAGGAUGACAUCCAUUUGCUCAAGUUUUAUGGAACAAUGGAUUUGCAUUCUUGAAGAUGAUAUUGCUAAACUUAUUCAACAUGAUGGUUCUGGUUAUAGAUGUUAUGCAUCUAUAUUUGCAGUGGAAAAGAGUCAUGGUCGGGCUUAUGAAGAUAUCAUUGCAAAGAUUUCCCCCUACAUUUUCAAGGAGGGAAAGGAUACACACAGGGAAAGUCAUCUCUUUGAUAACCUUCAGGUCUGGUUCAAAAUUUUCAAUGGCUUCAUUAUUCACCCAAGUGUUACGAACAAAGCUUAA